AUAAACUCUAUUCUAUAUAGUCAACUUGCAUAACGCAUAGAGAUCUGCUCUUUGUGAAAAGAUGCUUUCCUUAUGUGUUCAAGUGUUUACCAUGCUGGUUGUCUGUGCAGCCGACACUGCGAACAGAGAUAUCUCAUACUCAUUUAGAGCUUGGAGUACGGUUGACCAGCCUUUGCAGGAGCAACUUGCUGUUGUGUAUAAGGAGAUGGAAAGCUUGAAACAUGAACAAGAAGUAAUGAAACAAAAGCAAGAAGCCUUGAGCCAGGCAUUACCACACUGUUCACAUAAGCCUAUUGAUACAGACGUGGAGAUGAAUUUGACGUCACUACAAACAGGCAGCAGCCAUUUGCUGUAUACCUUCACCCAGGAUGGAGAUGAAGGGUCUGGUGAGGAUGAGAGUGAUGAAUCCUCUGACCCCUGUAACCAUUAUAUCGCGCUGGACCAACCCUGGAGAGCCACAAACUACACCACCAAGAAUGUUGCUUGUGACCGUCGUGUCCAGUGGAAGGGCUGGUACCGUCUCUUCUACCGUGGGAAACCCAUCCAGAUGCCUGAGAGGUGCGUGAAGAAAGAAAUGUGUGGCACGCACGCUCCGCUGUGGCUCGUCGGUGGUCAUCCCCGGAUACGAGACGGGGUGGUCACCCGAAAGGUGUGUGGAAACUGGAAAAACAACUGCUGUUUGUUCAAAUCUCCUCCCAUUCAAGUGAAAGCGUGUAGGGGAAACUACUACGUCUACAAGUUUGUCAAACCGUCAGCUUGCCAUAUGGCAUAUUGUGCAGAUAUUAACACACUUGUCUGUGGAAAGUGCAGAAAAUCUGAGUCUUGCAUCAGCAGAGACAAAAUCACCUGGAUGUGUAAGAGAAACAAAAAUAGAGUGAAAGCAAACGUCCAUUUUUUUGUCACCUACCCGGCCAGCAUCUCAGGAAAAAUGAACAAGAUUAUGUACAGGAAAGUGUAUGUGAAUCAAGGAGGGGCUUUCAGCACUCGCACCGGGAUAUUCAGAGCUCCAGUUUCUGGUGUCUAUCAGUUCUUCUUCUCCACACAGACUGGGGGCAGUGGGACAACUGAUCUAUGGCUGGUUGUAAAUAAUUACUGGGUGGCUGUGUCCCAUAGCAAUGUUCAGGGCUCCAGCUCGGUUGGGAAUCUGUCUACGUACAUGACGACUCUGCGCAAGGGUGCUACGGUUUAUGUGACCCAUAACCGUGGCCGCUCUUGGGCCAAUAAUGCAUCCAACACCAUCGUUUUUGGGGGUUCAUUGCUUAUGGUGAGAAAAAUCUAAGGGAAUGUAAAAGUCAUCUGAGGCAAAAUUCUGAACAUUUAUAGUUUAGUUAGAGGCCAAUUAAAUAGUACCAACUAGUCGGUUUGACUUACAUAUAAUAUACAAUGGUAAAACAUGUUCUGCUAGUUCUGUUUAUUCAUUGCUUUAUUUUUAAACAUGUGUCUUGCUGAUAGAUUUAUUUCAAAUGCAAAUACCCUUAACAUUUUUCUAAGUGCUUUUUCUAUAAAAUUACUUUGCCAUAAAACUUCUGAAUUUAAAAUUAAACAACAAC